AUGGGAGGUUCAUUAUCGCGUCUAUGGUCAAUGGUCUGGACCAAAAAGGAGAUCCGAAUUCUCAUUCUGGGACUGGACAAUGCGGGCAAGACGACACUGCUCUACAGGCUCAAGAUCGGCGAAGUCGUCACCACGAUACCUACAAUCGGAUUUAACGUCGAGUCGGUCACAUAUCGGAACCUGAAUUUGAAUGUCUGGGAUCUCGGCGGUCAAACGUCCAUCCGUCCGUACUGGCGCUGUUACUACGCCAACACCGCGGCGGUCAUCUUCGUCAUCGACUCCACAGAUAUCGAGCGGCUGGGGACCGCGGCUGACGAGCUGGCGGCAAUGCUGAACGAGGAGGAGCUGCACGACGCGGCGCUGCUGGUGUUUGCCAACAAGCAGGAUCAACCGGGUGCCAAGGGCGCGGGUGAUAUUUCCGAGGCCCUGAAGCUGGGAGAGCUCCGGGACCGCAACUGGAGCAUUGUCGCGUGCUCUGCCAUUGACGGCAAGGGUGUUGAGGAAGGCAUGGAUUGGCUGGUGAUCGCAGCCGUCGUCCCAUCUUCGAGUACAUCCACUACAGAUGUGCAGAUCACCACCAUGCAUCCAGUGCCGAGGCCCGGUGAUGGCGAGGUUCUCGUGAAACUCGAGUUCUCGGGGGUGUGCCACUCCGACGUGCACAGUAUACGCAGGGACACGCCCAUGUCGACGGAUGUCGCAGGCCACGAGGGUAUCGGAAAGGUGAUUCAAGUCGGGACAGGCGUUGAUGAGACGCAGUGGAUAGGUCAAAGAGUGGGAAUCAGUUCAUGUCUCCAGUGUGAGAUAUGUGCCAUCAAUCAUACGGCCUGUCCAUAUCAGAAGAACGCCGGUGCAAAUGUCCCCGGCACAUUUCAGCAGUAUAUCGUCAGUCCAGCAAUGCAUGUCACGAAGAUUCCGGCGGGGCUCUCGCCAGAGACAGCGGCACCUCUCCUAUGUGCCGGGAUAUCCAUGUACUCCUCCAUCACGAAGAGUCGAGCGCGCCCAGGUGACUGGCUAGUCAUUCCCGGCGCGGGUGGAGGUCUUGGCCAUUUGGGCGUCCAGGUUGCGGUCAAGAAAGGUAUCAAAGUCAUUGCUGUCGACACAGGGGAGAAAAAGGAACAGCUCUGUCUAUCACUGGGCGCUACAUGGUUCCUGGACUACCAAAAGGUCGACGUCGUGGAAACUGUCAUAUCCCUCACAUCGGGACUCGGUGCCCAUGCAGUGAUCUGCACUGCUAACAGCGAGCGCGUUUAUGAACAAAGUAUGAAGAUGCUUCGCCCCUUGGGGACGCUCGUUUGUAUUGGGAUCCCGAAUACACCAUUCAGAUUACCUGCUACACCGUUCGAGAUGAUUAUCAAGGGUCUCACUAUCGUGGGUAACUCGGCUGGUACUGCGAAGGAGAUGGAUGAAUUGCUGGAGAUAGCUGUGGCGGGAGAUGUCAAGACACAUGUCGAGGUGUUCGGUCUGACGGAGAUUAGUGAUGUCUUGCAGCGACUGGAGCGAGCGGAUGUUGAUGGUCGUGCGGUUUUGAGGAUUCCUGAGUGA